AUCCUCCUUCAUUAUGCAUCAUUGUAAAAGUAGUGACAACUUUAGUUGAGUUCUGUGGUCACAGUGAGCAAACAAAGCAAAAUGGAAAUGGUAAAGUUACUGGUUCUUUUAGUUUCUGUGUUGGGGAUGACUGGAGGUGUAGAAUGGUGCUAUGAAUCCCAGGUUUCUUGUGACAACAAUUGCAAAGGACCAGAUGAAUGGAAGGACAUAGCAUCAGCCUGUGGUGGCCAAAACCAGUCACCUAUUAACAUUGUCACAAAAAGGGUGAUUAAUCACACACUGAAACCCCUCAUAAUGCAUGGUUACCAAGAAUUCUUCCAAAGCAUUAUCACAAAUAAUGGUCACACAGUCAAAGUUAACUUGUCAGGUGAUGCUGUUAUUGAAGGUGCAGGGCUCAGUGAAAAAUACAAAGCAGUGGAAGUCCAUUUUCACUGGGGCAAGAAUGGUGGGCCAGGAUCAGAGCACACUAUUGAUGGAGAGCGGUAUCCUAUGGAGAUGCAUAUUGUCCACAUAAAGGAAACUUACAGUACUGUUCAAGAGGCUGUUAAAGACCGAACCGGAAUAGCAGUUCUUGGAUUUUUGUACCAGGAAUCAGAUAGUGCAAACAAGAAAUAUGACUCCAUCAUAAAUGCCCUGCCUCAGAUCAGCCUCCCUGGCAAUAAAACCACACUAGGAUCUGUGAAUUUGGAAAUGCUUCUACCUGAUGAUCCACUAGCACGCUACUUCCGCUAUAGUGGCUCUCUGACCACACCUGACUGUGCAGAGUCAGUCAUCUGGACUUUAUUUGAAAGCACCAUUCCACUUAGCCACCAGCAACUUUCUGCAUUCUCUGAUCUCUGGUUUGUAAAUGGGACGGCUAUGAUUGAUAAUUUUCGCCCUGUGCAGCCACUCAAUGGUCGAGACGUCUUUUAUUCUGGAAGCAACACUGCUUCUGUCAGCACAUUACUGGCUGUUAGUACUUUAAUCGUUACCAUUAUGACUCUUUAGGGGAAAAAAGGAUGUGAAGUCUUUAAGUGAUCAGUGCCAUUUAGUGGAGAAUUUGUAUGUUCAAAGCAUUUUAUUUGAACACCGUUUGUCUUUGUUACAGUAAACAAUAUUCAGAUAGCAUUGUUUUUCGCAUGUGUUUAUGAUAAUGUUGCAGUGAUUUACAUGAACAUAUCUAUAUAGAGAGAGAAGGACUAUAUAUAAAGACUAGUAAGCAUGUUUAUCGCUCUGUAACUCUGUUCUACAGAAAAAAUGCUUUACAAAAAGUAUGACCCGCAAUCUUGUAUGUCUUAGAACUGGAAUAUUCUGAAAUAAAAUAUAUAGAAGAUUAUUAUAAAAAUGUA